CUCCUGGGCUGUGGGUUAGGCUAGAUGAGCCACAGCUACAAGCCGUCCCACCUCAGCAUCUUCUCUAGUGUGCUUAGGAGAUGAAGCUGUGCCUUGCUGUUGAACUUGGUUUAAACCCAGACUAGACCAUGAGUUAUUAGUGAAAGCCUGAUUGCUGGUAGUUUGACGCUGCAAUUGUAAUGUUAAUAGGCAGGGAGAGAAGGAUGCGGGAAGCAGGUGUGUGACUUCUGUGAACAGCGACAGCACAGGCGUGUGUGACCCUAGGAAUCCAGGGCACAGCAAAGCCUUUGCUUCUGAUCCAGCCUAUUGGUCUCAGAGGAGCUUCCUAAAGGACGAGAACGGCAUGCUCAUCUCCGCAGGAUCCAGCAGUUCCGUGGGCCAGACAUGGCUGGAGGCGAUGGAUAUCCAGCUUCCCGUCUGGGUUCCCGGGCUGACACGCUGGGAUAUCGCAUGGGUCCCCAAAGAGCAAAGUAUGAAGCUGAAAGAGGCAAGUCUUCCCAGCGGUCAUCAGAAGUCCUGAAGGAAAUCCUGAAGGACCUGGACAAGGCAGCGCUUGAGAUGGACCGUGAGACUGCGGAGAAUGAGGCGCUUCAGGAAGGAGGCAGUCACGCGGUGCCAGUCUCUGAUGACAGAAGAGGGGCAAUUCAGUCAGUGGAGGUGCCAGGCGCCUCGCCGCAGCUUCGAGAGCCCGGCCCGACACCAGCAGCUGCCCCUCACACCCGGACACCUGGACUGCCCACCCCAGCACCUCCAAGAGCUGGACCCAACACCAGCAGCCGUCACAUGUGCCUGGAAAAGCGGCCCACCAGCCACGGAGCACCGGCGGGGAACCAGCCUCCACCAGCCCGGACGGCCGCCCGGCCCGCCCGCCUCCGCCCCGGCCCAAAUGGCUGUCCAACUCAGCCAGCCAGGUGUUGCGGGACCGGCCCAGCACCCUCCGGGCCCCGGAGAAACGGCAACCACCCCCUCGCCCCCCAAGCCCAUUUCUCCAGCCCUCCUGCAAGGGCCUGGGGCAGUCCCGCCAGGAUAUGGAUUUGGGGAGCAACGGUGAAUGCGAGGGCCAAUAGGGGAGUGACAACAAACACGAUUUCCUUGGAUGACAAGGUCACGGACCUAGUUGGCCAAGAGAAGCCAGCUGAUGUGAUCUUUCUGGAUUUCAGUAAAGCUUUUGAUACUGUCCCUCACAGUCUCCUCCUGGGCAAAAUGUCCAGCACACAGCUGGAUAAACGCGUAAUGCGGUGGGUGAGCAAUUGGCUGGGGGGUCGGGCUCAAAGGGUUCUCGUCAGUGGGGUUACAUGGGGCUGGUGGCCAGUCACUAGCGGGGUUCCACAGGGAUCCAUCUUGGGGCCGGUACUCUUUAAUCUCUUUGUAAAUGACUUGGAUGCAGGACUUGAAGGAACGCUAAUUAAGUUUGCUGAUGACAAACUUGGGAGGAGCUGUUGACACUCCCGAGGGCAGAGAGGCCCUUCAGAGGGAUCUGGACAGACUGGAGAGCUGGGCAACCACCAACCAUAUGAAGUUCAACAAGGCCAAGUGCUGGGUUUUGCACCUGGGGCAUGGCAAGCCUGGAUGUACAGACAGC